GACUGUCCUUCCACUUCCUGGCUCCGGCAGCCGGGAGAAGAUCUGAUCGCCCCGCCGAGUCCUCGGGGGAGAGAGAGAGGAAGGCAGAGGAAGGAAGGGGGCAGGCGGCGCGACUCCUCCAGACAGUGGGGGAAGAGAGAGAGGCAGCCACACAGCCGGGGGUACCUUUUGGCUCCGGUUUCUCGGCUGCCCUGGGAUCGGUAGCCUUCGCGGCAUGUGCAAGAGAAGGAUGGAGGUGGCUGGUUUCUAAACCACCCUGAAGACUAUUUCCAUAGUAACCUGCCGAAGUGGUGCAAUUUGAGCGAACUGAGGCUUUCUCUCCGCACUUCCAGGAUGAUAUCUGACAGAUUCACAGACAGGAUGUAACCUUUAAAAAUGGAAGCUUGUAUAGGAAGCAACAGAUAGCACUUGGAGCUUAAAGAAGUGGAUGAACAUUUCUCUUUGGAUGUAUUGUCUUUUAAGAACGAUAUGUUGAUUCAGAAGGUCCGAAGAGAGAAUCGUGAAAUUUAUUUCCUCUACUCAGUCACUGGAUUUUUAAACCAUUCCUUGGGAGUGGUGAAUUUCCACUAAGGUGUGUGAUGGAAAAAGCAGUGCAUCUCUGUGUCUGUAACCCAUACGUUGUGGAUUAGUUUGCUGUUCCAAGGUACAAAUUCCAUUUUGAGGGACAAGGAACUGAUGUGAUGGAUUUACCUUCAGAAAUGAGCAGGCAUGGAAGGAAUCCGCUCAGCCACAAGCUAGAAGAUCAGAAAAAGAUCUACACUGACUGGGCAAAUCACUAUCUAGCAAAAUCUGGCCACAAGCGGCUGAUCAAGGACUUGCAACAGGACAUUGCAGAUGGAGUUCUGCUAGCAGAAAUCAUCCAGAUCAUUGCAAAUGAAAAGGUUGAAGAUAUCAAUGGCUGUCCUCGAAGCCAGUCUCAAAUGAUUGAGAAUGUUGAUGCCUGCCUUAACUUUCUGGCAGCCAGAGGAGUAAAUGUCCAAGGUCUUUCUGCGGAAGAAAUAAGGAAUGGAAAUUUGAAAGCCAUUUUAGGGCUGUUUUUCAGUUUGUCUCGUUAUAAACAGCAGCAACACCAACAGCAACAGUACUAUCAGUCUUUGGUAGAGCUACAGCAACACGUCUCUCAUUCUCCACCUCCUGCUGAUAUUGGCCAGCCCAAAACACAGCAAGAUAUGCAGUCCAGUCUGACAGCCAGAUAUGCAACUCAGUCUAAUCACAGUGGAAUUGCAACCAGUCAAAAAAAGCCUUCUAGGCUUCCCGGACCCUCAAGGGUGCCAGCUGCAGGCAGCAGUACCAAAGUCCAGGGAGCCUCAAAUUUAAAUCGGAGAAGUCAGAGCUUUAAUAGCAUUGACAAAAACAAGCCUCCACAAUAUGCAAAUGGAAAUGAAAAAGAAUCACCCAAAGGUCCUCAUCCAUCUGCAGGCAUGAAUGGAAAUGUACAGCAUCCCACCAGCACUGGGCAGCAGCUGGUCUCUGCCAUCCCCUCUCCAAGUGCCAGCAAGCCUUGGCGCAGCAAAUCCAUGAAUGUCAAACACAGUGCCACCUCUACCAUGCUGUCUGUCAAACAGCCCAGUCCCGCAACCUCUCCUACGCCACCUUCAGAUAGGCUUAAGCCACCCCUUUCUGAAGGGCCCAAAACUCCUUCAUCUGGGCAGAAAUCCAUGUUAGAGAAAUUCAAGUUGGUUAAUGCUAGGACUGUCUUGCGGCCUCCCUUGUCAUCCAGUUCAGGUCCCAGCGACAGCGGGAGAGACGAAGAAGGCUUUUUAGACUGUGGCGAAAUGGAUGGCUUCAGUGGUGGCCUCAACAGUGGUGGCUCCACCAGCAGCAACAGCCCUAAAAUAUCACCUAAACUAACCCCUCCAAAAGCUGGAAGCAAAAAUCUCAGCAAUAAAAAGUCUUUGCUACAGCCAAAGGACAAAGAGGAAAAGAGCAGGGACAAAAACAAAGUUUGCACUGAGAAGGCGGUGAAGGAAGAGAAGGACCAGGCCACGGAGACACCUGCAAAAAAGACCUCAAAAAUUGCAAGCCUGAUCCCCAAGGGGAACAAGGCUGUGUCAGCCAAGAAGGAAAGUCUAAUACCUUCAUCUAGUGGUAUACCAAAACCUGGAUCAAAAGUACCGACAUCAAAGCAAAGUACUUCAUCUGCAUGUUCAGGAAGUAAAGAGGCGGAAAAAUUGAGGAGUGCAAAGGGUAACCAACCCCAGUCAACAUCAAAAUUGCAAGGUAAUGAGAAAGCAUACAGUCCUUCUGGUCUUCCCUCUUCUGAAGGAAAGGAAUUGAGUACGGCUCUUACCCCUAGUUCAUCUGCUGCUCUUUCCAUUGCUGCAACUAGUGGCCAAGCACCAGGAAGCAGCAUUGUGCAACUUCCUCAGCAACAGCAAUACAGCCACCCAAAUACAGCCACAGUAGCACCAUUUAUUUAUAGAACUCAUUCAGAAAAUGACAGUACCUCUCUCCCACCUGCUGACUUCUGCAUCAGUCCUACAAAAAUGGAUUUGGCAUAUAGUAAAACUGCAAAACAAUGCCUAGAGGAAAUAUCUGGGGAAGAUCCUGAAGCUAGAAGAAUGAGAACUGUAAAGAAUAUAGCAGAUCUGAGGCAGAACUUGGAAGAAACUAUGUCGAGCCUUAGGGGAACUCAAAUAAGCCACAGCACAUUGGAGACAACAUUUGACAGUACUGUGACAACCGAAGUGAAUGGGCGAAGUAUCCCAGGCUUGACAAGCCGAUCCUCUCCAGUGACCUGGAGGCUUGGACAAACUAGUCCUCGUCUCCAGGCAGGCGAUGCUCCUUCCCUGGGUGGAGGGUACCCUCGCAGUGGUGCUAGUCGCUUUAUCCACACUGACCCUUCUCGAUUCAUGUAUACCACGCCUCUUCGCCGUGCAGCUGUUUCUCGCCUUGGGAACAUGCCCCAGAUAGACAUGAGUGAAAAAGGAAGUAGUGAUCUGGACAUUUCCUCUGAUGUUGAUGUUGGAGGAUACAUGAGUGAUGGGGACAUUCUUGGGAAGAGCCUCUGUGCUGAUGACAUCAACAGCGGUUACAUGACAGAUGGAGGACUCAACCUGUAUACAAGAAGCUUGAACCGAAUUCCAGACAUAGCAGCCUCCCGAGAUGUUAUUCAAAGAGGGGUUCAUGAUGCGACGGUGGAUGCAGACAGCUGGGAUGACAGCAGUUCGGUUAGCAGCGGCCUCAGUGAUACUUUGGAUAACAUCAGCACAGAUGACCUGAACACAACAUCACCGGUCAGCUCUUAUUCCAAUAUUACUGCCUCUUCAAGAAAGAAUGCACAUACCCAUCUGAAGACUGAUUCAGAGAAACGUUCAGUAACAGAUGGCGAACCGUGGGGCAGCAGUGAGGAACUGAAGAAACCAGAGGAAGAUUUUGACAGCAACAUUGAUGGCAGUGGCAAAUGGAAGGGCCAUCCCUCUGGAGCUCUUGAAGAUGCUGAGAAGGGGGGCCAGAAAACCUCUCUGUCUGUCUCUCAGACUGGCUCCUGGAGAAGAGGCAUGACCGCACAAGUAGGAGCAGCGCCAUCCAGGCACAAAACAGGAACAAGCACUCUCAAGACGCCUGGAAAAACAGAUGAUGCAAAGGCUUCAGAAAAAGGAAAAACUCCCCUCAAAGGAGCUUCUAUCCAGCGCUCACCUUCAGAUGCAGGGAAAAGCAGUGGCGAUGAGGGGAAAAAGCCACCCUCAGGCAUUGGCCGAUCAACAGCUACCAGUUCCUUUGGUUUCAAGAAAGCUGGGGUUGGCUCUUCAACCAUAAUCUCUGCAAGUGGUGCAACCAUAACAAGUGGAUCGGCUACCUUGGGGAAGAUGCCCAAAUCUGUAGCUAUUGGUGGGAAGUCCAAUGCAGGGAGGAAAACCAGCCUAGAUGGCUCACAGAAUCAAGACGAUGGCGUGCUGCAUGUGAGCUCAAAGACCACCCUGCAGUACCGAAGUUUGCCACGCCCUUCGAAGUCAAGCACAAGUGGGAUUCCUGGCAGAGGCGGACACAGGUCAAGCACCAGCAGCAUUGACUCCAACGUCAGCAGCAAGUCUGCAGGGGCCGCCGCUACCAACAAACUGAGGGAACCUACGAAGAUUGGCUCAGGGCGCUCCAGUCCUGUUACCAUCAACCAGACAGACAAAGAGAAAGAAAAAGUGGCCGUUUCUGAUUCUGAGAGUGUGUCGCUGUCCAGCUCUCCAAAAUCAAGUCCAACCUCAGCCAGUGCCUGCGGAACACCAGGCCUCAGGCAGCCAGGUUCAAAAUAUCCAGACAUUGCCUCGCCCACAUUUAGAAGGUUGUUUGGUGCCAAAGCAAGUGGCAAAACUGCCCCUGCACCCAAUACAGAAGGUGCCAAAUCCACAUCUGCAAUGCCUAGCCCUAGUACCACGUUAGCUCGGCAAGGCAGCCUGGAAUCUCCAUCCUCAGGUACAGGUAGCAUGGGCAGUGCAGGUGGGCAGAGUGGCGGCAGUAGCCCUCUCUUCAGCAAACCCUCGGACUUGAAUGCAGAUGUUGUAAGUUUAAGUCACUCCUUGGCUUCUAGCCCGGCGUCAGCCCACUCUUUCACGUCAGGCGGUCUCGUGUGGGCUGCAAACCUGAGUAGUUCCUCUGCUGGCAGUAAGGACACACCAAGUUACCAGUCAAUGACUAGCCUCCACACAAGCUCUGAAUCUAUUGACCUCCCUCUCAGCCACCAUGGCUCCCUAUCUGGAUUGACCACAAGCACUCAAGAGGUUCAGAGCCUGCUCAUGAGAACUGGAAGUGUGAGAUCUACCCUUUCAGAAAGCAUGCAACUUGACAGAAAUACACUGCCCAAAAAGGGAUUAAGGUAUACGCCAUCCUCUCGGCAGGCCAGUCAGGAGGAAGGGAAAGAGUGGCUGCGUUCUCAUUCUACCGGAGGGCUGCAAGACACUGGAAGUCAGUCUCCUUUGGUAUCUCCUACAGCCAUGUCUUCAUCUGCAACUGGGAAAUACUUUUCAAACUUAGUGAGUCCAACAAACUUAUCCCAAUUCAAACUCCCUGGGCCCAGUAUGAUGCGGUCCAACAGCAUCCCUGCACAAGAUUCUUCUUUCGAUCUUUACGAUGAUUCCCAGUUGUGUGGCAGUGCCACCUCCUUGGAAGAUAGACCACGUGCAAUCAGUCAUUCUGGGUCAUUCAGAGACAGCAUGGAAGAAGUACACGGGUCUUCGUUAUCCCUAGUUUCCAGCACCUCUUCUCUCUACUCCACAGCUGAAGAAAAAGCACAUUCAGAGCAAAUUCAUAAACUACGAAGGGAGCUGGUUGCAUCGCAGGAAAAAGUGGCCACCCUGACAUCACAGCUGUCAGCUAAUGCCCAUCUCGUAGCAGCUUUUGAAAAGAGCUUAGGAAAUAUGACGGGCCGGCUGCAAAGCCUAACAAUGACAGCUGAACAAAAGGAAUCGGAACUUAUAGAACUACGAGAAACCAUUGAAAUGCUGAAAGCCCAGAACUCAGCUGCACAGGCUGCUAUUCAAGGAGCUUUGAAUGGCCCAGACCACACUCAUAAAGAUCUGCGAAUACGGCGGCAACAUUCCUCCGAAAGUGUUUCCAGCAUCAACAGUGGAACCAGCCAUUCAAGCAUGGGCAGUGGUAAUGAUGCUGAUUCAAAGAAAAAGAAAAAGAAAAACUGGGUGAACUCUAGAGGAAGUGAGCUAAGAAGUUCGUUCAAACAGGCCUUUGGGAAGAAGAAGUCCACAAAGCCUCCUUCCUCACAUUCUGAUAUAGAAGAAGUCACAGAUUCAUCUCUUCCAUCCUCACCCAAGUUACCCCACAGUUCCGGAGAUUGUGGGUCUACAUCAAUAAAGCCAUCCCAAUCGGCCUCCGCGAUCUGCGAAUGCACAGAGGCAGAGGCUGAAAUAAUUCUGCAGCUGAAAAAUGAGCUCAGGGAAAAAGAGCUCAAGUUAACAGACAUCCGUCUGGAGGCCCUCAGCUCAGCACACCAUCUUGACCAGAUUCGAGAAGCCAUGAACCGCAUGCAGAAUGAGAUUGAGAUAUUGAAAGCAGAAAAUGAUCGCUUGAAGGCAGAGACUGGAAACACUGCAAAGCCAGGCCGGCCAUGCUCAGAGUCCUCAAGCAGCACAUCGUCCUCCUCUUCACGACAAUCUUUAGGUCUCUCUCUGAAUAACUUGAACAUCACUGAUUCAGUGACAUCAGAUAUUUUACUUGAAGAUGUUACAGAUGGAAUUCUCCAUAAAGAAGGCCAGAACGUUAAAAUUAUAGUCACAAUAAACAAGGGCUAUGGUCGAUCCAAGGAGCAAAAACUGCAGGCAUAUUUGAUAGGAUCCAUUGGAGUCAGUGGUAAAACAAAAUGGGAUGUAUUAGAUGGUGUAAUCAGACGGCUCUUUAAGGAAUAUGUUUUCCGAGUGGAUCCAGCUACUAGCCUUGGUUUAGGUUCAGACUGUAUUGCUAGUUAUUGUAUAGGUGAUGUCAUUCGAUCCCAAAGCCAAGAAGUGCCUGAAUUGCUACCUUGUGGGUAUCUGGUUGGAGAUAAUAAUAUAAUCACUGUGAACCUUAAAGGAGUAGAAGAAAAUAGUUUGGACAGCUUUGUAUUUGAUACAUUAAUUCCUAAACCAAUUAGCCAACGGUACUUUAACUUACUGAUGGAGCACCACAGAAUUAUCCUGUCAGGACCUAGUGGCACUGGGAAGACCUAUUUAGCCAACAGGCUUGCGGAAUAUGUGAUAACGAAGUCUGGCAGGAAAAAAAUGGAAGAUGCCAUUGCUACUUUUAAUGUAGAUCACAAAUCAAGCAAGGAUGUCCAACAAUACCUUGCAAAUUUGGCUGAACAAUGCAGUGCUGAUAACAGUAGUGCUGACCUUCCUGUGGUAAUAAUUCUUGACAACCUCCAUCAUGUUGGUUCUUUGAGUGACAUCUUCAAUGGUUUCCUCAACUGUAAAUAUAACAAAUGUCCCUAUAUUAUUGGAACUAUGAACCAGGGAGUUUCAUCUUCACCUAACCUUGAACUGCAUCAAAACUUCAGGUGGGUGCUGUGUGCCAACCACAUGGAGCCUGUCAAAGGGUUCUUAUCCAGGUAUCUGAGAAGGAAACUGAUUGAGACAGAAAUAGAGAGGAGCGCACGCAAUAAUGACCUCAUCAAAAUAAUCGACUGGAUUCCGAAGACAUGGCAUCACCUGAACAGCUUCUUAGAAACGCACAGUUCUUCUGAUGUAACCAUCGGUCCUCGCCUUUUUCUGCCUUGCCCUAUAGAUGUUGAUGCUUCCAGAGUGUGGUUCACAGACCUCUGGAAUUAUUCCUUGGUACCAUAUAUUAUGGAAGCUGUGAGAGAAGGACUUCAGAUGUAUGGCAAACGGGCACCUUGGGAAGAUCCUUCAAAGUGGAUAGCAGAUACUUGUCCAUGGAGUUCACUGCAGCAUGAUUGGUCAUCAUUGCUUCAGUUGAGACCUGAAGAUGUUGGUUAUGAAGGUUAUGCAUCUGCCAAAGAAGGAACCACUUCAAAGCACAUUCCACAGACAGAUUCAGAAGGAGACCCUUUGAUGAACAUGCUAAUGAGGCUGAAAGAAGCAGCCAGCUACUCCAGCGCACAGAGCUGCGACAGCGAUACUGCUAGUCACCACGAUGAUAUACUGGACCCCUCGCUUGAGUCAACUCUCUAGAGAGGAACGGGCCUGGUUAUAUAGGAUGCUGGUUAAACUGUCCUGACUUGAACUGCUGCAGUGCCGAAGCAGCGCGUGCCAGGGUGGCCCGAGAGAGAGAGCGUGAGUGCUGUGUCAUAUAUAGGCGGUCGACUUAUCUCUAGAAAGUCAGGAAAGCAAAUCAAAAUGGAAAGCUUGAAUUAGUUUAUUUUCAAGAGAUUUCAGUAUCAGUGGAGCUGAGUGAGACUCCAUCAAUCAACUGGAAAGGGCCUUUUAAUGGGAGGGGGAGGGGGGACAACUAAGCAGAUUGCACAUGUGUUAGCCAAACUGGAAUCUCCUUGGGGUUGUUUCUUUCUGUCUUUCUUCCUGUCUCAAAAGUUUACAAUGCAAGUGUUUAGUUUUUUUUACACUUCAAUUUACUACGAUGUGCUGUGUUAGUGGUCUUCGCGAUCCUGGUCCUCUAACCUCUGCCGGUGCCCUGUGGCGCUCAUUACGAGACACAAUGGUAGUGUUUGAAUUGUACACUGCUGCCCAUUCCAAAAUGAGUUGGAGAAAGAAAAAGAAAAUACAGAAAGCAAACUCCAUAAAAGCACAAAACAGUUUUGUGCAAUUGCCAGGAAAACGCUACUGUGAUAUAUGCUGGAAAAGUGCCAAUUUGAUGCUAAGCUGCCAAGUUUGCAGUGAUGUGGUCCACCAAGGUUUCUGGGUUGUUGUUGUUUUCCUGUACAAAUCAUCUGUUUUAUAUACAACUUGUUUUUAGCCGCGAGGGUAUUUUUUAAACACCUGCCCACCUCUUAACAAGGUUUUUUUUUGUUUUUUUUACCAAUUCUUAUCUGACACUGAGUAAAGGCUUUCUUAGGGCUUCGUAUGUUUCGAGCCUUUUCAGUGGGGGUGGGGUGGGGAAGAGAACAUUUCCUAUGGUGCUGUCUCACUGCCUUAAAACCGAUUUCUAGAACAAUUUUACAGUUGGUUUAAUUUGUUAAACCAUUGAUUAUUUACACUGUUUUCUUUCUUCAUUUACUAACGAGAGAGAGCAUCAGUGAACACAGUAGCCUCAUCUCUGUAUAUCAUGUUUUUUAACGAAGUGGCUAGAAGAAUGAUCUAUUGAUAUAGAUAUAUAGAUAGAUUAUAUAUAUAUAUAUAUAUAGUAUUUUUUAUCUUGUGUGAAUACCAUAGAUUACCAUCUAAAAUAUUCAAGUGACCCAGAAGCCACUCUUAAUAAUAAACAAUUAUUAAUAGCAAAACCUGAGACAGUUGGCUUAAGUCCAUUUGGUUCUAUGAAAAAGAGCUUAAUAAAAAGAGAGGUGUUUUGGGGAAAAUCUUAUCCAGCAGAGCUGGGAGCACUUGGUGCAGCAUGAGCACAAAUAUUUCUUUAUUCUUUUCCCUUCCUCUUCCCCCCCCCCCCCCCGCCCUAGUUUGAAGCAUGCUGUUUUGAUUGCAAUUGUUGUACAUGAAGAAAUUCAGCAUUAUGACACAGUGAUUGUCCACUGUGGUUGAGAGAAAAGUUUAUACUGUAAAGGGGGAGGGGGGUUGGUUUUGCACAGUCUACUGGGAGGGUCUUGUAAUAUUAAAAAAAAGCCUUGCACAAAUGAAAGCAAACAACAGUGACAGCAACAACAAAAAUAAGAAACUGUAUUUUAUCUUGUUGGUGUUAAGAGAUGUUUCAUUUACUGAGAUUACCUGUAUGUUGCAAAAAAUAAAAUAAAAUAAAAUAAAAAUAUCCAGAGUCCAAACCAUACAAUCUGGAGGUUUUUAAUAUAUAUAUAUAUAUAUAUAUAUAUAUUUAAAAACAAUGGUGUGUUUGUCCUGUAUUUAGAAUUGUUAUGACUAUGCAGGAGCUAUCCAUGCUAGAGUGAGCAUGUUUCAAACUACAUUAUAAAAGCCAAUACAUCUUAGGCAAAUACAAAAAUGUUGUAUAUCCUGGCAGACUACACCAGUUUGAAUGAAAACUGAUUAGAGUAAUUGGAUAUGCCGAUUCAAAUAAACAAAAGUAAUACAAGGGCUAUGGCAUUGUGUAGACAUGCACUUGUAUACUUAGAGCCGCAGUCCUGAAAUUGCCAGCUCUGAGCACAUCACGUUCACUGCAAUAGGAUGCUAGUGGUUGCUUUCCAGAUCCAGCUAGCCAGUGAGUAUCUUCAGGACAUGUAACUGGUGCUACAAAUUCCUGUGGCCCAUCUACUUUAUAAAACAAAGUCAAGGAAAUCAAUGUAGUUUUCCUUGCUGCAGCACUGAAGCUACAGGUUCCCUGCAUGGUGCUAUUGCCCUAAUAAAUAAAACUCUGAUAUUAUGCACAAAGAAUGUAGUCUGAAAUCAGGCACCAAUCCUAGGAUUACUUUCUCAUAUUGUUAAAUGACAUGCCACUCUCUGGCAGAUGACUAAAACAACAACUGCUCUUUAUGAUAUAUGUGGUCUGAAACAACAUAUAAGCAAACCCAUGAAUUCCUGCCAUUUUGACGCGCGCACACACACACAAAAUACCUGUAUGUAUGUACCACAUAAUACAAAUUCCCCUGCAAUACAUCUCAAUGAGUCCACCUAGUUUACAACUUUAAAAUGUUUGUGAAACAUUUGUCUGUAUACAUUUUAUAUUUUGUACAUUUUUGAUGUAACAUAUCAUGUAAAUAGACAGAAACAGUGAGAUAAAUCAUCUGAAAAGUUUUGUAGUCUUUGUAAAGCCCUAAUAAUAAGUAUUUGGUGUCAUCAGACUUAACUGGAUGAUGUAUUUUCUAUUGAUUUGUUGUUCUUCUAGCUUGUAAACCAGCUUGCAUAUAUUUUUUGCAAGUGUGCACACUGUAUCUGUCUAAAUUAUUACUUUGCCAUUAAAGUGGAAUUAUUUAUUGACAGCUGAGUUUGAUGUCUUUUACACUUUGCGAUGUUACUUACAAUAAUAUAUGCAUUUUUGUUCACACUUCACACUAGUAGGUGCAUUUAUGUACACAUUUUUCUUAGUCUGACAACUGCACCACAAAAAUUAUGCAAAUGUGAAUUUCAAAGGAUCAGUUGUGUUUCAGUUCACAUAUUGUUUCAGUAAGAGUGAGUUAGGUAGGUUCACAUUAAAAUAUGAACCAAACCAAAUUGUUCCUACUAUUUGUACCUCCAUGAAGCAUUUGCACAUGUGGAAGACUCAAAUCUGUCACUAUGUAGGCCCUACAUAUUGUAUGAUACCUAACUGUAGGUAUCCAGAAAGCUCCUAACAGGUUAAGUGCUUCCACUUCACCAAAUUGUAGGCUGCUUUUGGUACCGUACUUAAAUUCAAAGACAGGGGCAAAAAGGCGGAACUGUUGCAUUAAGCAAAACAUAAAACCCUCAUGGGAAAAGUAAUGUUUGCUGAAAAAUAGGGAAUACUAACAUCUUGGGUGCGGUGGGGGAAGCAAGUCAGUAUUAAAGCAAAUGGAAAUGGCAUAAGCAGAAUGAAACACAUUUAUAUAAGCUUCUGUUUUUACAUAUGCUGUGAAACUCAUUCUAUUAAAAAAAGGUCAUUACUACAGUAUGGAUGUACUUACUCAAAUAAUUUCUAAAUGGUAGUAUUAUUCAGAAUGUGCUUGAUUGAAUCUCUUCACCUAAUUAUAGUUUACAGGGCAGAAUGGGAAAAACAUGCUCCUACCUCUGUAUUCAAUUAUCAAUUUAUUACAGACCUUAUUGUUUUUAAAGUGAGUUUCCAUACUAUUUU